UUCACCGCACGAAGAAGUAAAUCACUGAACCAUGGACUGAACUAUACUAUACAGCCAUGGGCGGAAGACACACACAUACACACACACUCACACACACAGAAGGUUUUGACAGGCGUGUGGAACAAAGCAGUUCACAGGGAACCAGAAUGACGUCCCCCGUCAGUGUGAUCGUGGUGGGAGCUGGAUGUCGAGGGGAGAUCUACUCCAAGUUUGCAUCCAUCCAUCCUGAACGCAUGAAGGUGGUAGGAGUUGCUGAUCCGAGGAAAUUUGCUCGCUCUAAACUUCAACAGCAACACAGGAUUGUAGAUGAAAACGUAUUUGACGACUGGCACUGUAUUGUUGAAAGAGAGAGGUUUGCAGAUGCGGUGGCAAUUUGUACUCCAGACAGCCUUCAUAAGGAGCCUGCGGUUGCCUUUGCAAAGAAGGGCUACCAUAUCCUGCUGGAGAAACCAAUGGCAACAACUGCAGAAGACUGCUUGGCCAUUGUGGAGGCUUGCACUAAUAGUGGUGUGAUCCUGUCAGUGGGUCACGUUCUCCGGUAUGAUCCCACCAUCCACAAGAUAAAGGAGCUGAUAGUCGCUGGAGCCAUAGGUGACGUGAUCCAUAUUCAACACCUUGAGCCGGUUGGUUUCUAUCACUUUGCACACUCCUUUGUCCGAGGGAACUGGAGGAAUGAAGCCGAGAGCUCUUUUGUUCUUCUGGCCAAGUCGUGCCAUGACAUCGACCUGAUACAAGACUGGGCUGGAGCACGCAGGUGUUUGAAAGUGUCAUCAUUUGGAUCAGUAAGCCACUUCCGAAAAGAAAACAAGCCUGCGGGUGCCGGAAUGCGCUGCCUGGAUUGUUCCGUAGAAAAAGUCUGUCCAUACUCUGCACGUAAAAUCUACCUGGACAGAGUGAAACAGGGUCACACUGGCUGGCCUGUAUCAGUGAUAUGUCCGAGCUCGUUGCCAGACAUCGAGUCAGUAACUGAGGCACUUAGCACUGGACCGUAUGGCCGCUGUGUCUACGAGUGUGACAACGAUGUCUGUAGUAAUCAGGUUGUGAACAUGGAGUUUGAAGGGGGCCUGACAGCGGUCUUCACCAUGGUCGCCUUCACUAAGGAAAUAUGCAAUCGGAAAACCAACAUCUAUGGCAGCAAGGGGGAGCUGUCGUACGAUGGCCAUGAUGUUUGCGUGUUUGACUUUCUGACCCAGACUUCUAUCAAGCACACAGUGCAGGAUAAUACACCCUGGGAGUUUGGCAUGAGUGAACACGGUGGAGCCGACUACCACCUGAUCAACGCUUUUAUUUCCGCUGUGGCAAACAAUGAUCCAUCCCUGAUCCGAUCGGGUCCUCAGGACACGCUGCUGAGCCACCUGCUGGUGUUCGAAGCUGAGCGUUCUCGUCUGGAGGGCAGGGUGGUGUACAUCGGUGAUGGUAGCCAGAGCUAGAUGAAGGUUCUCCGCUUGAAAAUCAAACACUGCUUUCAGACUUGCACUGAACUCCGGGUAAUCUCCUGACAUUCUCCGGAGGGGCUGUAUGUGAGAACGCAAAGGUCUGAAGGAGGAGCUCUAGCCAUUCUCCAGAGGUUCUCCUGCAAGCCCCCUAGUGAAAACCCCGGAUAAUGUCUGAAGGAGCCCAUGUGAGAACACAACAGGAGAUCCCCUGGAGGAUUCCCCAUGAGUUAGUGGGCGUGUUAAUAACGCUUCCAACACACUUCAGACGCAUAACUGAAAAGAAUAAAUAAAAUAAAUUUGAGGAAAGCAGUGCCACACACCUAGAGGGCACAGACGAAGAUGUCAGGAGAACUUUUGAUGAUGAGGGGAGACGUUGGUGUUGCUGAUCCGCAAACAAAAAAACACUUGAUCUCCUCGGGGGAAUUAAUGUUAGAUCCUGCAUCCUACAUGCUGCGCCUCAUCCCUCACUUGAAUGCUCCAGGGAUGUCUGUGUCCGAGCUGAGAAUCCUCUGCUGCGUGUUUCAUGUGUGGGAAAGACUCCGGGCUUAUAAUACCGGGAUGAUUUAAGACACAAAUAGACGGACGAGUAAAUGACCAAAUGUGUGUUUUUAUGCUCAUGAUUUUGUUCCAAUUACUCAGGGAAUUUACUGCUGUCGGUGUUUGUGUGACUUAUUGAAGGACUAGUUUUUUUUUAUUAGAUUAUGUUAGAUAACUCAAUGUACCUCUGAAUCUCACCCCACACGUGAUCUGACUUCUACUACAUGCGUCACUUUUAUAUCUCAGAAUAUUCAUGAUUGCUGAAGACGAAAGAGUGCUAAUGAACAAAACUACUGGUGGUUCGACAGAAAACCCUGUCUUUUUUUGGACUGAAAUAAAUCUCUUUAAUGGAUA